UGCAGGAACUUUCAUAUAAAUAGACUGUCAGCUUCACAAUAUGCAUUCAAUUCCUCUCCUGUUCUUGAAGAGUAAGGAACUCAACUUACCAACCGACAUCAUGUUUAGGUUCUUGGUAAUCUGUGGAUGCCUGAUGGCUGUCGCCAGGGCUGGAGUUAUCGGGGGCGGUUUGCUAGCAGCGACCGCACCUGCUGCACUCGCGGUCCAACCAGCUGCAGCUCUAUCUUUAUCUCCGGUUUCCACUGCUGCGGUCGUACCAACAAUUGCGACCUCCUCUUCCAAUAUUAUUCGGGGUAUCGGUAAUUUAGCUGCUAUUUCGGCGUACUCGAAGAGCGUCGAUACGCCGUUCAGUAGCGUCAGGAAAGCGGACGUACGCGUUAACAAUCCUGGAAUUGUGACGGCUGCCGUCGCACCCGCGCCCGCGCUUGCAGUGACAAAUACUGCUCUUGCAGGACCUGUUACUACUGCUGCCAUUGCUGCACCUGGUCUCUUGGCUCCUGGAUUGACCACUGCUCUUGCCGGACAAGCCUUAGCUACUGGCCUUGGUGCACCUCUUGGUCUCAAUGGUUUGACUCUUAAUGGAUUGGGAGCAAUCAAGGUUCUCUAAAAAUGUCGGCACACCAACCUUAAGCAAGCUGGUCGACUUUCAAUUUCGAUCGCAUCAACAACAUAAUACUUAUACGUACAUGUCACAGAAUGUAACAUUCCAACGAAAAAUAAAUAUAAAAGGUUGAGAUGCCAAGCAA